AGGGGUAGGUUAGUCUAAUUGCAAAAUUUCCUAAAGUUUACAGAAAUUUUGACAAAGGGGCCAACUCAUGUUUAAUGCAAGCAUUCGUAAUGUUGUAUUAUGAGCUAAUCCUUGAGAGGACAGGAAGUGGCUGUGUUGCUUUCCGAGGCGGGGCAUGUCCAUCAAUCUCACGGUUAGUACCUGUUCUACAAGAUCGGCAGGUAAAUCGAAAGUCUCUCGUCAUGCUGCUCUAGUGCUUUUCCCCACUUUCUCGAAGCAUGUCAACUGGCCGCACAUGACGCUCAGCGGUGCCGGAGGUCACGAUGGCCCGGGUUCUGGCGCGAGGGUGGUUCUGGAUCGGGCCCUGGACCGAGCCAGCCGCGGGGGGUGGGAAGGGGAACCUGUCCGGGAGUGUUUGGGAAAGGCACACAGCUCAGAGCACCCAUCACGUGAUCUUCAAAUGCUGUCGACCUCAUCAGCCACGCAAAGGUGGAGGAAGAGAAGCUGGAAGAAGCUCUUCUCCAGCACAGGAUGUGUCACAUUCCCGCCAGUGGCUGCGGUGUGGUCAGUUUGCCACCUGGGGCCACCACCAUCUCUAGGAGAUAUGUGUUGGCGAGGGGCACUCCUGUGCCUUUUGUGGGGAACCCUGGGGGCCUGCGUCUACGCGCUGCUGUGCUACUUGAAGUCGUCCCUGAGACAGGAACCCGCUCCCGUGAUCAAAGAGGAAGUUGUCACUCAAAUCAAGCUGAUGACAAAUGAGCGGUCCUCAAGUUCAGGUGUCCCAAUACCUCUGGCUCUUGCCUUGGCUGAGAGCCUGCUACUGAGCGUCCUUCAGGAACCUCUGACAGACCCUAGCGGCCCUCACAUGCAAGAUCUCCUCUCCAGGUUGGAGUCCUUGUUCCACACGCUUGAGAGCGUUGACCCGGGGUCAGACUUCACGGAGCUGACUGAAAAAGUGACGCUCAUUCAGAGCUACUUACGGAAAAGGAGCAGCUCACUGAGAAGGUUGCUUCAAAUCCAGGCUGAGUUUGAAGCCGGCAUAAAAGAACUGCAGGAGGGCGUGGAGGUUCGCUGGGGCCGACUGGAAGAGCUCCACACCGGAGUCACGCUUACGAAAGAGGGCGGUCAAGAGCAUGAAGACGUGGCCUCGGCCCACCAGGACGCCGAGACCUUAUCUGCAGUCUUGAGCCACCACAGGAAGCAACUAGGUGACUGCCAAGCUCUCCUGAAAGACUGCACACAGCUCCUUCAGGAGUUGAUUUGGAGUCACAGCCAUGCAGGCAGCACGCUCAGAAAUUGCGAGAGUGAGUCCGUGUGGCCCGAGAUGCUGCUUCAGUCCAACAUGGAGCAGUUUGACAAGGUGCAGGAGAGCUUCCUGUCCUUGGAACAGCAGACCGCCACCUUCCAGGCUCAUCUGGAGGGGCUGUCCACAGGUAAGGAAAGGGAGCAUGCCAGCGGGGUCUCCUCGCCGGACCUCAACGGCGGACUCUCCAGUGAAGUUUCCUCAGAGCAUCUCAACUCAGACGACGAGUCGGACGGUCGCCUCUCCUUGUGUCAGAGGUCGGCGCAGCACUUGUCAUCCACGAUUGGACGCUUGCGGAAAUCACAAAAAAAGAAAAAAGAAUUGAUUGGAAAUUAGAAAGAAAGGUGAUGAAUAUUCCAAAACCCCCAAAAGUUGCAGGUAAGACUCGCCCAUGGCUGAGAAUGUGAAUAUGGAUGCAUGACACAAGGGGGCGCCCUAACGCCAGUUAUCAUCAUGCAUCUCAGUAUUAUUCUGCCAUGCCUUCCAAACUGAUUUCUAGUCUGUUAGCUAUGUUGCUGCACUUGUCUGUUCAAAUUGAGGAUGCAGAUGAGCAAAAAGUGGGGGAUAAUUUGAAAAAAUAGUAGUUAGAGCUGCAGGCAGCCAUGUACGUGCCUUGUUUUUCAUGGCAAAUAUUUUAAAUGAUUUCUGAUCUGAAUUUUUUGCUGAAUUAACCCAAUAUAGCUGCUUAAAACCAUAAAUGGCUGAUUUA